AUGCAGCGACAAACACGGCGGCUUGCGGCAGUGGCAGACGCCUCCGACGUCUCGCAGAUGGAUCCCUGGAAGGAUGACCGUUGCCGCGACUUCAUCGCUCUCAACACCAUCCAGCGGCUUCGCUCCUACCACGCCGAGGCACUGCUGCCUGUGGAGCCGGUAAAUAGUAUUCGGGCGAAAAAUCUGAUUCUGUUGCCAAAGGCAGAACCGGACGCGAGGGCCUGCGAGACCGAUGAGGGGUGUGCGAUCGACACGGCGCGAAUUCUGUUCUUUGGGCCCACCGCGUUUACCUCAUUAACGUCGCAGGGACGCAUGACCGCCUCUCCGCAUGCUGGUGGCCACAGUAGCAGCCGAAGUAGCUUCCCCCAAAGCGAAGAGAUGCAAAGAUCUUCUCCCUCCAAAAGAGUGUUACAAAUGGCCUCCGGGCCUUUGAGCCCGCAGUCACACGAUUUCGGGCAACGACGGGGUGAGGCUCCUGCGGUGCCUGGGGAAGGCCCCGCACCAGGCGACGGUGGCGGUAAGCCGCAAGAAACCCAGCAUGAUGCAUUUGAGGCGGGGGCCACACCGCUACGGCGUCCAAUGAACGACACCACGACAACCCCGGCGCCCCGCCCGCCUGUGGCUGCCACGGGAGAAGAAGUUGCCGCAUGUGACGAGGAACAUGCACACGAAAGGGAGGAGAGUCAUGUUAAUCAACCAGUGACAGGCGUUGUAAAGUUUUCCUGCGCCAUCGUCGAAGCCAUCGUAGCGUACUACCAGUCCCUGCUCACGCGCGGCGUCGUGUUGGACCGUUUCAACGCCAAGGACUUGGCCUUUGCGUGGUGGGUGGUGGGGCGAAACAUGGAUGUGGCGGCUCUGCAUCAUUACACUGGGCCCAUGCGACGUGAUUCCCUGGUGAUUCUCCUGCGUCACUUUUACUAUGAACUGCUGAACGAGCAGCAGCCAAAGAAGAGUCUCGUGCCGGACUUCGCUCCGCCGCACGCCCACGGAGGCAGGGAGGAGAAGGAGAAGGGGCAGGCUGCCGCGGCCCCACACAAGCUGGGAGAGGCAAAAUUGGGGCGGAAACCGACUGGAGCAGACGACGACGACGACGACGACGACGACGACGACGAAGAGGCAAAGCAACAGCAACAUGCUGCGGUGGCCCCUGCGAAGGUGGCAGGCGCGGGGGAAGCAGCGGCGGGGCUUAGAAAGCGGUCGCGUAGUCGUCUCGAUCCGACCCGCACAAGUCCCCCUCAAAUGAGUAGCCGCCUGCGCCGCCGCCUCCACGCGGAGGAGGAGGCGAGCAAGGCGAAAGCAAACGAGAAGACACAAGCCACAGCAGGGGCGCCGGCGACCGUUGAGGCCGUUGCUGUGCGGGGCAGCCGGGCAAAAGCGACGUCCAGGCAGGCACCGAAGCUGAAGGAAAAGGCGGUCGCGGAGGCCGCCGUUGCGACGCACGCCACAGCGCCGGCACCAGCCUCGUCGUCCGCUGCAGCGGCACUGGAGCUGACGGCGCAAAAUAAACCCCAAGCUGCGGCGUGUGGGGCGGGGGCGGAGGCCCCCGCUCUUGAAAGGCCACAUAGAUCCUCCCGUUCAGCGAACCUUGAAGAGGUUUGGCGGCCGAUUCGCUCAACACGAAGGCGUCUUCCUCCUUCUGAAAGUAGCACGGAUUUUGCUGAGGCAGGCGCAAUCGUAGCAGAAAAGCGGCAAGAUUCUGUUUCCCUCCUCAACCACAUAGAGAAAAGAAUUCAUGCAAGGAUGACAAAGGAUGCCAACUACGCCGAGCUGCUUACUGCAUUUCCGGCCAGGGAUUCGCUUCUACAGGCAGAGGCGGGAGGCCGCAAUGGCUGCACAAAUGACGAGAAUAGCGAGAAAAAGCCACUCCACGGCAUGCAUCCGGCGCUGAUGCAGUUGCUGCGCUAUCACCAUGAACCUUCUUCUGCCCCGGCUGCGCCGCACAGUGAGCAGGGCACGGGGGCAGAAGAAGGGAUGGCGGAGUCUGGGAACACCAAUGAGGCGGAGGCAGCCGUGAAGAAGGAGUUCCUGGUCGUCGGCGAGAAGCACAGGGAGAAGGAAGAGGACGCAGAAGGCGAGCAGCGGUUUUUAGCUUGUGGGAGGGAGCCUUCUACGGCGCGGCCUCAAGACGCCAUGACAUCCUCGGAGCCGUUCGUUAAGGCGGAACCUGCGGACGAAGAUGGCGCCCCGUCACAGCGGCAUGGACUCAAGGAGGAGGGCCACACGGGUGGCGAACCAACGGCGCCGCUUCUGCAGCUGCCCUGUCACUUUUCAGCACUGACGUACCCCCAGCGCUGCCUCCUGACCUGGGAGGCCUCGUUCCUUCUCGACCCAGCACCAGCGCCACCUGUGCGGAGGCGGCCGCAACCGACAUUAAACACCGCAACGAGUCAGUCCAAAUCUCCCACAGCUCAGCAAAGGCAGUACUACGAUUACUGGAGGAACCCAUAG